AUGCGUCAAAAUGAAUAUCGCAUCAAAGCCAAACGGCUGCAGUACAACGAAUUUCAUCCGUCCUCAUCUGGCAUAACUUUUGAUAUACCAUUUAUCAUAUCGCUUUGUUCUGUAAGUUAUGUUCACCCGUCGGCCCAUCAAAAUUCCAUUCAAUCACUUUCUGUUGUCCAGGAAGAGGAGCUCGUCAAUCUGGAGAACUCGGCCACCGUAUUCAAUGUUUUGUUCAAUCUUCCCUCUACCAUCAAAGAUGCGGACAGCUUUUUCGAGUUCCUCUCCAAGCGUCAGUUGAAGCAGUCCCAUUCAUUGUUUGGGGGUCUUCUGCGCGCCAUGUUGACCAACAAGUCAGCCUCCGAUGUCAGCUGGACCGGUGGACCAGCCAAUGGAGUUUGGAAUCACUUCUGCUUCAACGAGCAAGAAGAAGAGUUGUCCGAUUCCUGCUCGGAGCAUGCAUCGGCCCAAUCGAGGGCAGGCCAACUAAAUCGCAGUUGGCGGCCUAAAGCACGGCAACUGAUGAGCAGGAGCUUCGAAUCAGAUGGCCUCAGUUCGGCUGACUUCCCUCAUCCUCUCUUCCAGUCGAUUUCGCUUGACUACACCACGUCUCCCAGUCACUCCAAUGAAGACGGUGCCACGGAAUCGCAAACCGGUCAGACUCAGCGAUCUUACGGAGCCUGGAGUCAUCCGACUGGUCAAAUGGCAAUGCUUUCGAAACGCCAGCGAUCUUUGCGGGAAUGUAACUCAACUGGUUUGGGCCGUUUUGAUUUGGAUGCCAUCGGCAUCGACGAUCCUCGACUGAAGAACAUACGCAAGACAGAAUUAUUGGUCGAUCUAAAGCAAGCUAUAUUACAAGUAAAUUUCUAUGCAAACCUACAUUACGCUGACCAUUUUUAUGCAUUGUACCAAUUUGUCCAUUAA